UUCAAAAUUGUAAAAAUGUAACAAAAAAUUAUAAAAAAUAUGCAAUAUCGACGCACCUAUUCUCGAAACGUAAACAUUAAGGCACAACGAUGUACAGAAACUAUGUAGACAAUUUUCUCAAGAAAACAAACGCAAGCUAUGUUGAAAGGUACUCUGAUAGCUCAGAUUUUGAUUAUCCCGUUAAUAUACCACCUGUAACUGCUAAACGGGGAAAUCACUUACUUUUAAAUGAUUAUGGAUGCAAUACUGAUCAGAGGGAGAAGUACUCAAUGAUUGGCAAUAAUUCGGGAGGUCAUAAUUGCCAAGUAGAUAAAGGAAAUAUCACAAAAAGAUUUCAAAAGAUGAUCGCUUACAAACAAUCAAAACAUACUAUGUCGGCUGAUAAAAACUGCAAACGAAACCAACAAAUGACUUUUCAAGAACAUAAUUAUUAUAAGAGCAGAGGGGAUCAGAGCAGCCGACACAACAUUGCCAAAAUGAGUUCAAAAUCACUAUUGCUAGAUAAAGUUUUGCCGCGCUUUUCAACAAUUUUUAGACGAUCAAAUUAUCCCAAAGAAAUAGAAGAAGAAGAAGAAAGAGAACCAAUACUUACCGCUAAAUGUGCGAAUUGUGAACGGAAACGAAUCAAGAAAUUAAAUAAAACACGUCAAUGUUAUGCAAUUCAACCUAAUUUUGCCUUUGUGGGUAACAUACAUGACGUACCUAUUCGCUACCAUCAAACUAGUAAACAAAACUCGCCAUUGUCACAUAAUUCCAUGAACAGAAACCCAUCAAUCAAUCGAUGUUGCCUUACGUCAUCAUCAGGAUCUGAAAUUAUCAUACCAGAAAGAGUUCAGAACGAUGUACUUUAUAAUAAUAAGAAGACGAAAAAUAAGAAAAUACAAUACGAAUAUGAAACAGUUAACUGUCAUGUCUUCCCAGAAGUGAAGCAAAACAAACAUCUGCAGUAUCCUUCAAAACAUAUGAAACCAUAUCAGAUUUAUGCAAAUUCUUCCUGCCAAGCAAAAACUCUAUCGGGACAUUCUGUAGAACAAGCGAAAAUACCGUCGUCAUCGUCAAGUUUUUGGGAUUAUGUAGCGGAUAAAAUUAAAUCGAAAUCCAAAAAGCCAUGUAGUUGUGAACCGCCUUCUCCACCCCAUUGUACACUUGAUAGUUGUGAGAUUUUAAAUCCAAAAGUAAGUAAUGAAAAUAAACUGAUGUCCCCAAAACCUCGUAGUACUGGCGAAAUGCCAAGCUCACCGCCGAAACUGAAAGCUCAAUUAGAAUGUAAAUGUACCAAUACAAAAUCCCAAGAUAAAGACGAAGCGCUUACAUCUUGCCAAGAGCCACAUGACGUUAUUACAAAAAAUUUAAUCGAUAAAUAUAAAGGUCAAAUUCUCUGUAUUCACAAUCCCCCAUGUAUUUUAAUCAACGGCUGUCUUAACUUACCUCCUCCAAAACCUACCGGAAUGUCGAACGUGUGGCGCCUCAGCUCAAGCAAAAGAUCUAGCUUUCGAGAAGAGAGCAAAAGCCAAAAAUAUAUUGAAAAUGGAUGUCAAUAUCAGCCACCGGACGCCGUGCAAGAGUGUCUCCCAGAAUUUCAAACGGAAAAAAUCGUACAAAGCAUUUGCAACCAUGAUCCACCUUGCGAAGUAGUGCGCAGAUGUUAUAAGCCCAAAUAUGAGACUAAGUAUCGUGAUUCCUGUGUUCAUGUGCCAAUGUGUAAAAAGUUGCCAGAAUGCUUGAUUACCGAAGGGCAAACAGAUGAGCAAGAGGUGGAGUGUUCACAUAGUCCCAAAUGUGCAGAAGUGCAUACGUGUUCGAAGAAAUUCAUGACGCUCACAGCCAAAGAAGACACGAGUACCCAAGUCAAGGCUAAAAUGAGAAUGGUGUGUCGACAUGAGCCGCCUUGCUUGAUGAUACCGAAGUGUAUAGGUCGGGUCAUUUGCACGGAGUCUGUACCCUGUGACGCUAUACCAGAUUGUGUGCACCAUCCCUGCUGCGAAUAUAUACCGGCGUGUUGUAGAAGGGCUGCUAAAGAAAUGCCGUCGCUCACUUCAAACGAAGAAGGGAUCUCAUUGAAAGUGCCUCGCAUCCCUUUGCAGCAAAAGAACCGAUUGUUGAGGUUGAUUCAAGCGAAACGGCAAUUCUGAGCAGUUUUGUGUAUGAUCUCGAUUUAUCGCCAAGACUCCAACGGCCAUGAACUGUAAUUUUGUAUGUGUUAAUUUGUGCAGUAGCCGCUAAUGGAGCAGACAAUAAAGUUAUACAAUAUCAA